AUGUCGUUGUCGGCGUACCUCCCCUAUGCAGUGGCCAUUGUGGCUGCUGCCAUUGGCUACUUCUUCUUCGCCWACCAAUCAUCCGCGCCCACGUCCGCACCCGCACCUUCCAACACGUCAACGAAGGAAAUUGGCAAGGCACCCGCUCCACCAUCCGACCCGAACGUCUGCAUUUCCGCCUCCGAGUUCACCGAGUUCCCCAUCUCCAAGAAGACGCAGACAUCCCACAACACCGCCAUCUACCGCUUUCAGCUUCCCAAGGAAACUUCCAUUCUCGGUCUUCCCAUUGGCCAGCACAUCCAACUCGCCGCCAACCUCGAUGUCACCGACCCAAAGACCGGUGAGGUCAAGAAGGACAAGGAAGUCGUGCGCUCCUACACCCCCAUUAGCAGCGAUGUGCACCCUGGUUACUUUGAUCUCCUCAUCAAGAGCUACCCCACCGGCAACCUCUCUCGCCACUUYGCCACACUCAAGGAGGGCGACGCGAUGAAGGUCAAGGGUCCCAAGGGUGCCAUGGUUUACACUCCAAACUUGGUCCGACGCUUUGGAAUGAUUGCCGGUGGUACGGGUAUUACGCCAAUGCUGCAGAUCUGCCAGGCGAUUCGCCGUGGACGUAAGAGCGGUGACAAGACACAGGUUGAUUUGAUCUUCGCGAACGUGAACGAGGAGGAUAUCCUGCUGCGGGAGGAUUUGGAUGACCUUAACAAGGAGGAGGGGUUCAACGUGUACUACGUACUGAACAACCCACCCCAGGGRUGGACGGGAGGCGUUGGAUUUGUGACGGCCGACAUGAUCAAGGAGCAUCUUCCAGCUCCUGCAAAGGACGUCAAGAUCCUGAUUUGCGGACCUCCACCAAUGGUUGCGGCUAUCAAGAAGGCGACCGAGUCGCUAGGGUUUGACAAGGCGAGGGCUGCUAGCAAGCUAGAGGACCAGGUCUUCUCUUUCUAA